CGAAAGCACCCACAAAAGAAAAGGGUGGAGGGGGAAUCUUACGCGACCUUCAGUGAGGGCUCUGGUAUGAAUGGGGAUCGAUUUAGUGGGGCCAAGAAGAGGCUCAUCCUUACUAGCCACACGAAUAUUAACAUUGUCGGGGAUCUUAUAUUUGUACUUGAUGCUAGGAAUUUCUUCUUUGGUCAAGGGAGCCAUGGAAAAGCAGCAAACAAACAGUAAGUUUAAAGAGAAAAGCUUCAGAAAACUUCGAGGCAACAAUGGAGAAACUAAAGAAGAAAUCACAAGGGUGACCCUUUAAAAAGAAAGGGAGAGACCCAAAGAAACGGCGUUUGAAACACAGAGGACGUGCAUUAAAUACGAUUGGCUGUUUCUGCGAUAGAAAGGACGUGUACAGUGCACUUUUGUGGGAAACAAUACACAACAUUUAAUGAAGGUAUGCUUGGAGAUAGGGAAUGUCAGCUGACGUGUACCACGGACAUACUCUGGGGGCAAGUGAAAGGGCAUAGAAUGACUGCAUAAUUAGACCAUUUAAUGAUUCCAAUUGGCAUUGGCGCAUGGCUAAGAGAAGCACAUGACAAUGAACACGUUUGCUCGUUUUGCAGCUAGAAGGUGCUGUUCGUUCUUGUUUCUCAACAAAACCUUACUCUCAGGUUCCAUAUCACUCUUGGUCAAGUGUACGAGGUUUUUAUCACCUACACUUUCCUUCUUGUCUCUGUGUGUGUGUGUGUUCUCUAUAUAUAUGUGUCGCGUUUUAUGUGUGUCAGCUUCAGGUAAAGAGAUAGAGACUGGCUUUUUUUGUUCAUAUUGAACUUGCUUAUCUACUAAAAGAUCAUUUUAAACCAAAUUUUGACUUCAUUUUACACCUCAUCUUGUGUCUGCACUCCAUUGUUCUCAUAUCUCUAAUGAUCACUUUUAUAAAUGGGCUAUUUUGCCCAAAAUCUACAAUAUCAAUGAUUAUUCAUUACAUUUACCUAAAUUUUAUUUUUUCCUCAUCCUCUUGGAAUUACAGAAUGUGCAAGAAAUGGUGAUGUUGUCAACUAGUGUUCUGAGUAUCAAGUGGACAAUAAAAGGGAAGCCUAAAUCUUUGCUUGCAAAUAUAGGAGGAGAUUUGAUUAUUAAAGUGAAUUCACAAUUCACUCUGAACCAGAUUAGUGGCCAAGUGAUCGUGCAUGAAGAGUUUUGGGAUUUAUCGGCAUCAUCAAUGAUGCCCCAGACAUUUUUCUGGAUCUCACGUCGUCUUUUUGCUACAAUUGAGGCUGGAAAAGAUGUCGCUGACCUUGUGAAGGACUUAACUAAGCGAUUUUCAGCAGAGAAAGAGAAUCUGGAGAUUUAUCCAGACCCUUCUGGUGAUCCAACGAAGUUCUUUCAAAGGGAUGACAGUUUCCAAAGAGAUGCAUUCCAAAUUGCCCUGUUUCUUGCGGUUCUCUAUUUUGUUGUACAGUUUUUAAGGACAACUUUGUAA